UAAUUUACCUUGCUUCCCUAGCAGCUUUCAAAUGCUGUAGCAAACAACAUUAGAAAAGGAUGUUUGCUAUAGAUUAUCCACAUUGCUUUAAAACCAUGAGUGAAACAUCUCUGCUGUCUCUUUUGUGCCCAGCAAGAUUAUUUCUGAUCUAUGGAAUUAUAAGCUCCCUAAAUUUGCAUUGCUCCAGUGGAGAAGUAGAGCUUUCCUUUCAACUAAAUGGAGCUGAUGUCAAUGUGGCCAAAGAGAGAUGGCGCCGAUCUCCAAACAAUCCACCAGAGCAAAUUGAUUGUACCCUUUCCAGUUGGUCCUCAUGGAGUAUGUGUGAUCCUUGCCAGAAAAAAAGGUACAGAUUUUCCCGUGUAGAACAACCUUCUCAGUUUGGCGGUGACAGAUGUGAUUAUGCUGACAAAGAAACUGAAGACUGUGUUGCAAGUAGACCUUGCAGAAACACUGUUAGAUGUGAAGGCUUUGUGUGUGAAACAGGAAGAUGUAUUCAUCGGAGGCUACUUUGCAAUGGAGAUAAUGACUGUGGGGAUCAGUCAGAUGAAAAAAAUUGCAAGAAAGUGUUUAAGAGAUGCAGCCAGCCCAUAGAACAAUACUGGGGAAUACAGAUGCUAGCAAGCGGAUUAAAUAUUUUCACAAAUCAUCUGGAAGGCUUAGUUCUUGACCACAAAUACUAUGCUGGUGCCUGUUCACCACAGAACAUUGCAGGCACCAAUUUCAGGAAACCAUUCAAUGUAGAAAGCUAUCUGGCUGAGACCAAAGGCACAUAUGAAUUUACUUCAACUGAAUAUGAAUCUUACUCAAGUUUUGAACAUAGUGUCGACAGCGCCAAGUCGAAACAAGAAAGCUUCAGUGUUGGAUUAAAAAUACCAGGUGUAUUUCACUUUGGUUAUAGCCAGGAUGAUACAAGAUACAAAAGAUUUGUUCAGAGAACAAAACGGUUUUCUUCAACGUCUAGCAAAUUUAUACAUGCACGUUCAGACCUGGAAAUUGCCCAGUAUAAACUGAAAAAACAGAAUCCGAUGCUUCACUAUGAGUUCUUCCAGCGAGUUCUUCAAUUGCCUUUAGAGUACAGUUAUGGCGAAUAUCGAGAACUCUUUAGAGACUAUGGAACACAUUACAUCACUGAGGCUACCCUUGGGGGCAUUUAUGAAUUCACUUUGAUCAUGAACUCUGAUGCGCUUCAGAAAGCAGGGUAUAGUUUGAGUGAUGUCCGAUCUUGUACACAAGCUGGCCUUAAUCUUGGUGCAAACAUUGAGGGAGUUUACGUAUCACUUGGAAUAUCUGGCGGAGCUUGCAAUGCUCUUUUAAAGGAAAUUGGAGAUAACACUUCAGAAAAGAAAUUUGUGGAAGACUUUAUCGCUCUUGUUCGUGGUGGUGCAAGUGAAUAUAUAGCAACUCUUGCUGCCAAAGAACUGCCAACUCCAGAACUGAUGCAAAAGUGGGGAGAUGCAGUUCAAUACAACCCUGAAAUCAUCCAGAUGAAGGUAGAGCCACUUUAUGAAUUAGUGACUUCAGCUACCUUUGCAAAUGCAAAUACACUGAAACAAAAUAUGAGACGUGCAUUGGAGGAGUUUCAACAGGAGUCAAGUAGCUGUCGCUGUACUCCUUGCCAGGGUAAUGGGCGUCCUUUUCUAAAAGAAGGGACACAGGAAGAAGGAGACAAUCCCCUUAUCGGAAAUAUUUGGCAUUGGAAAGGGAGGCUUAGAUCUUCAUGCUCCAGCACAUAAUCCAAAUCACCACAGAGAGAGGAACGUACACACAAAGAAAAGGAAAGUAUCACUAUAGAAUGAUACAUCAAUGUCAAUAUAAUCUAUGUUGACCAUAAGCAACUUUUAAAAUCUCAGUACAAAAACAUAAAGAAGAGCUUUGUUUUAUCCUGUGCACUAUUUCCCAUAAAGGAAAGUGGAGCCUUGGGGUGUAAAUGAGAAGUAUGUACUAUCCUUCUAAAUGAGCAUUCUCCCUGUCCAAUGAAAUUUCAGUUGCCAAAUUUCUAGUGUUGCCAAGAAUGAGAUGCUGAAAACCACCCAUACCCAAAGCUCACAAAUGCAGUUUUCACAUUCUCUUGGUAACUUUGUAGGCCCUUUUCUUUGGAUGCUUAAAUUUUAUUUCUAAAGAUUUAACAGGAUUCUUAAGUUACUGGAAUGCUAUAAAUUCUGUGAUAAAGACCAUUUUGAUUGAUAGAGCUGCUAUUUUGAAAAUAAUGACCUCCCCACCACCACUCCCAUAACUUCCUUUCACUCAGACAUGGGAAAAGUGCAGUUGUCAGACAAGAUGCAGCCCAGGACUGUUUAGAGCCAAGGGAGACAAUUUUCUUUACAGCAUAUAAGAAGUUGGGCCUAACAUGAUCUUGAAAGGGCCAACAUGUGCCAAAACUACCCUCAUGCUUCUGAUGGAGGGAAUGGGCAGAUAUUUGGAAGCAAUUAAAAAAAAAAAACCUUUAGCAGGGGUGUGAGGAGGAGAGUGAGAACCUGCAAGGUGCCUUGGAAUGCCAAUGACUGUUAGCCCCCAACAAGUUCCCACCCAUGCUCUAAUUGGCAGUAGCUCUCCAAAGUCUCAGACGAAAGUCUCUCACAUGACUUACAAAAAUCUCUUAAAACACCAGGAUUCACUUGGGUAUACCCCUUGAUGAUCCUCCUUACUGGGCUUCCCUUUUUUGGUUUCAGAGAUAGGAUUAGUUUGGGAGUGGCAGUGCUUGAAGCUAAUUUUCACUGUUGGGCUGUUUGGACACUUGAGAAAUCCUUUCCUCAUGUUUUCACUCUAACAGACUGCCAUACAUCUAGCAAGUUAGGUAGGCUUGAUAUGUGAGGCCUCGUAAUAGGGGAUGGGAAAUCUGCCAAAUUCAUUUUUUCUGCACUUUAGUUUCUUUUCCCAGAAUCUGCCCUUUUUAUUUGGUGAGGCUGGUAGAAUUUAACUUUGGCAAAUUUUCCAAAGGGUUGUGAAAUUCUUCUUCACUCUCAAAAUGGAGGGGGCCGUGUUAUACCUGCUGCCAUGUAGCUGUUAAAACAAAGAAUACUUCAAAAUACUGGGAUGGCAACUAGGAUAUCUCAGGUGUGUCCUGGCAUGUCGUCACUUGGGCUCUCUUCUCUUGAGCAAAUGAAAGACAAUCAGGUUAUCUUAAAAGUGUGUCAAUAUCUAUUUUCUUCACUGACACAAUCUAAAUUUCAACACUAACAUGAAUAGCCAAUUCCAGAUUCUUAAGACUGAAACACUGAAGCCUUUCUUGGACAGCUGACUCUGGAAUUGUCUGUUUGUUUUUAUUUUUGUCAUACUGAAAUAGGGGCAAAACUAAAAAUUUUCUUUGUAUACAGCUUGAAAUAGCAGCUUGAAACAGAGAAAUCACUAAAUGGUUUACAUUAAAACUGAUAUCUAAUGCAAUAUAAAAAAUACAAAGCAUUUUGAAGUAAUUAAAAUAGAUUAACACUCUAACAAUAAAAUUCAGAAAACAGAAUAGUCUAACUAGUGCAUAUAUAGGUAUAUUCUCAGUUGGUUUUUAAAGCAGCAUAGUCGCUUUUUCUCAGACCAUAUGGUAGAAAGCUUACCAAAACUUGGGUAAAACUCCUGAGAGGUCUGCCUAACCAGUGCUACUUGAUGCCAUUCCAUUGGCUGAGGAUCAAUCAAUUAUCAUUGAGAAAUUCAGGGAUGACAUAUUGCUCGAAUUAAUUGCUACCCUUUUAGCAUUAGAAAUCUUUGGGUGAGCAUACCUUUUCAGAAUUCCAUAAUCCUAAAUAUUCCAAACUCCAGAAUUAUUCACAUAAUUGGUUAAGGUAUUGACACUUUGCUUUCUGAUAAUUCAAUGGACAAAAACUUGGUUUCAUGCACAGAAUUAUUAAAAACACUGUGUAAAAAAAUUACAUUAAGGCUAUUUUAUAUGGUUGAAUUGAAGCAUACAUGAAAUUCAUGUUUAAACCUGAGUCCCAUUUCCAAGAGGACUAAUUAUGUAUGUAUAUACUGUAUUACUAUAAAUCUUUUAAAAAAUCCAAAAUACUUCUCGUCACAAGUAUUUCAGAUAAGGAAUGUUUAACCUGUACCUACUGUGAUUGCAAUUUGGAGCAGGAGAAAAAUGGAGCUUGAAGUGUUGUUGACUAUAUAUU